AUGCUACUUGUACCUGAGAAGGAUGGAUCUUGGAGAAUGUGUGUUGAUUUCAGGGCUAUCAACAAUAUUACAAUAAAGAAUACACAUCCCAUUCCUAGGCUAGAUGAUAUGUCAGAUGAAUUGUAUGGUCUUGUAAAUCUAACUAAUGCGCCAAGUACAUUCAUGAGGUUAAUGAAUCAUGCAUUGUGGAGAAACUCUAUGCCAAUUUUAAAAAAAUAUUCCCUUUGCAUGGACAAAUUGUCUUUCUUGGACAUGUUGGCAAGGGAAAUUGAGGUGGAUGAAGAAAAAGGUAAAGGCUAUCAAGGAAUGCCACACCUACAUCAAUACAUCAAUCACGGAGGUGUUUUCAUGACUUUGGAAACCGAAUGUGAUGCCUCAGGAAUAGGUAUAGGAGCUAUUCUGAUGCAAGAGAAACUUGAUGGGUACUUGUCUAGAGAGAACAAACUCUAUGUACCAGAUAAUUCUGUGUGUGAGCUACUAGUGCAACAGGCACAGGGUGGUGGGUUAAUGGGACAUUUUGGG